UCUGCUGUUGUUCUGUGAUGCAUACUUUUGUGACAGUGCAUAUAGAUCUAGUCCUACACUUUUAAUACUAAAGUGAAAUUGUAUAUAUUUAUUUCCCCGAAAGAAUAUAUCUGUGAGUAAGAGUUUAAGUAGCCGUAACCAUCCUGAAUGUAAAAAUUAUAUAGGCCUAGUUGAAAAUAAGUUUGAAAACCUGGCCAAGUCGAUGAAGACGGAAGUAUAACCUCUUCGAAGAAGACCUGUCUAUUUGGAGUAGUUUCCCUUUACCUAACAAACGAAAGCGGCACAGAGAAGUCCUUUCUUCUAAUGUCCUAUAAAGCUAUUUUAUUUAUUAUCUUACAUGGUAUUCAACACCGUCUGUCGUUCAUCAGAGUCACCCGUGAAUUAUAUCAGUUCCUGCAGCCGUUCCCCAAAGUUUUAUUUCAAAGCCUGAGCAACUAAUCUUGGUCUCUCAGGCCUGUUGACACUUGGGAGUUGGCAAGGCAAGAGGAUCCAACAUCAAGACUCGAGGGUCUGUUUCGCGUUCCUUUCCUGUCCUGUGUCCACUUCGGCCUGCUGUACUUGUGCUCUCUCAGAGUCCCUAAAAGUCCACGAUGGAUCCAGCACUGCUCAAAGAGCGGGAGGCGUUCCUCAAGCGAGCGAAAGCCACGCCUGCUGUGGAGAAGAGGAAGAUCAAGUCGGACGAUGGCAACGACAAAAAAGCGAAGAAACCGAAGAUGAAGGCUCCUCCCCCUCCCAAACCACAGAACUCGAUGGAUUACAAAAUAUCGGCGGGGAGUUCGCAGUACAAGUUUGGAAUUCUCACCAAGAUUGUGAAACACAUGAAGACCAAGCACCAGUCUGGCUUGAACGACCCGCUAGAGCUGGAGGAGAUCCUGGAUGAGACCAGUCAACUGGACAUUACUACCAAGAUGAGGCGCUGGCUCAGUACAGAGUCUCUUGUGAACAACCCGAAGAUCACGGUGGUGAAGGAGGACGGGGUCAACAAGUUCUGCUUCAAGCCCAAGUUUGACAUCCACGACCGCCGCAGCCUGAUGAAGCUGCUCAAGUCCUAUGACAUCCACGGCAGAGGCGGCAUUCUCAUGGACGACAUUGAGGAAUCGCUGCCCAACAUGGACAAAGUGCUCAAGUCUCUGCAAGAACACAUCAUCUUCGUGACGCGACCCACGGACAAGAAACAGAUUCUGUUCUACAACGACCGCUACUGCCGUUUCUCCAUCGACGAAGAUUUUCAGAAGUUGUGGCGAAGCGUUGGCGUGGAGGGGCUGGAUGAGCAGAAGAUCGAGGAAUAUCUCAACAAACAGGGCAUUUCCUCCAUGGACGCUUCUGGGUUCAGGAAAGUGUCGACGCUGCCCAAGAGGAAGAAAGGGAAGCAGCAGAAGAGAACAUUCAAGAAACACAACGACCAUCUGGAGGGAGUGCUGCAGGAUUACACGGAGAACCCACCCGCCAAAAAGUGAUGAGAUCUAGGCCAGUCUCAGACUGUAGUGUCUGUGGAUCGGCAAGACCUGUGUCCCAAAACUGCCAGACCUCCAUACAGAACCAAGGUUUCAGCCUGGCCCUGGGUGGCUUUCCGCAAAUAUUAUGUAGUUGCGAGCGCCGUAAAACUCUUGCGAACACCGUAAAACUCUUACUAAACUAAACGUUCCGGCACAUCUCCGGUGGAGAGCCUCCAGGCCGAGGCAAACAUCCCGUCCAUCAAAGUGAGAGGACAAAACUUCUUGAUUACAACACACAGUCAAACAAACAAGGCUCAACAGUCAAACAAACAAGGCUCAACACCCAAAAACUCAGCACAUGACUGUGUUUUUAAAACUGGUUUGGGCAUUUUGAAAAAAACAAUGACAAAAUCAUAUUUAUAUUAUUAAACCUUUCAGACUUUCAAGUCAAUUAGAACUUGAAAACAAGUAAUCUUCCGAAAAGAUAUGAGCAGUUUCUUUUUCUCUACAGUUUUUUAAAUUAUUUUUUUUAAAGGAGCAAACCAGACCAGAGCACCCUCCAACCAACCACUAGCUGGGUGUGUGUGUUUUGUGUGAUGAGAAUGAAAUAGAUUGUUACAGGCUGUAGAUCUAGUCUAUUGAGUCUGUACUCUAUGAGUGAUGAAAUAUUGCAUAUGUGAAGAGAGAACAUUUAGAUUUGGACAUAUCAUAGUCUGUGUGAUGUGUGUGUAUGAACUAAAUACAUGUAAUAAAUGUGUUAUGACAUAUGUGUGUGAGUGAUGAGAACACAUCAGAUUGUGAGAGAUUUUUGUCUAUGAUGUGUGUGUAUGAGCAAUAAAUACAAGUAAUGUGUUAUGCCAUAAGGUGUGUGUGUGUGAUGACAUUAAAUUGUGAGAGAUUUUUGUCUAUGAUGUGUGUAUACAGUAAAUACAUAUGUAAUGUGUUAUGACAUGUGUGUAUGUGUGAUAAGAACACAUUAAAUUGUAAGAUUUUUGUUGAUGAUUUUUGUAUGAGCCCAGAAUAAUGUGUUAUGAAGAAGUUAUGGUGUGUAUGUCACUAUGGUGUACGUGAAUGAUGAGAACACGUAUAUGGCCGUGACAUGUCAAUGUCUGUGAUGUGUGUCAGAGCUUUGAGUGUGUGUGUAAUGUGCUUGUGUUAUGACAUGUGGUGUGCGUGAUGGGAAUGUAUAGGAAUGUGUCAACUCAUUAUAGUGUGUAUUAUGAACUCUGAAAUCAUGUGAUCUGUUGUGUAUGAGCUCUGAAUAGUGCUUUUUAUGAAAUGUAGUGUGUGUGUGUGUGUGUGCUUUUUAUGAAAUGUAGUGUGUGUGUGUGUGCUUUUUAUGAAAUGUAGUGUUUGUGUGUGCUUUUUAUGAAAUGUAGUGUGUGUGUGUGAUGAAAACACGUACGAUUAAUUGAUUAUUUCAGUUCAUAGUCAUUCAGCCAUAGUCAAUAUAAUGAUGUGUGUGAACUUGGGAGUAAUGUAUAGAUCUAAAUGUAUGUUGAGAAUGAAACCGGCCAUUUAUUGUGUGUGGAUGAAAGUUGGUGGAAAAUUGAGUUUAGUUUUUAGAUUGUUUGACGUGUAUUAUAAGUUAUAUGAUGAUGACAUGAGUGAUGAUUAAUUUGUUGUUGAAAAUUGUUCUGAUUUCUUUGCAAUAAAUAUUGAAAUGAAAAACUUGAA